AUGGGCAGGAUUCAAGCAGCAAGCGCUGAGACUGUGUGGGAUCCCGAUUUGAGGUGUCUUCCGCUUGAGGGCUACGGAGACGAUAACGAUGGCGUGCUUCAGAAUUACUACCGGAACUGCUAUGACCGUGACGGUGGCGUUCUGGUGGAUUGCACAGAGGCUGUGAAGGUUUACAUCGACAUAGUCGGGCACGAGUUGAAAACAGUCGAUGAUCAUCGCGAGGAAUUUCGGAUGGUCUUCAUGCUCAAGCUCGCUUGGUUGGAUCCCGACCUCAAGAACUUCAAAUCGGUCAUCACUGUUCGUGACCCAAAAGGCGAGACAAAGCUUCAUUUGCAGCAGCUUGAAGUCGUGGUUACGAAGAUGUAUGCAAACGGCGACAUCGAAUUCAUAGACCUUUCUGAUCCUGAACAGAAGACUCAGAUCAAACUCAGACGCGACUACCUCAGCUUGAGGGAACCCGAGUGGAAAGAGUGCUUCUUUCCCACAUUCUCUUUUAUUAACAUGCAGAAUGACCCGGCGCCGGCGGGGACAAGAAAGCUGCUUUGGUGCAACGACGAAGGGGGAUUUGUUUCCUACACAGUCAAGUAUGAUGCGACAUUCAAAGAAUGCUUCGAUCUUACAAACUUCCCGAAAGACCAUCAGCUCUGCAGGAUUAGGCUGACAGCCGAAAAAACUGCCGACGAGUUCCAGUUCGUGCCGGUCAAGAAGUGGUUCUCCAGCCCGCAGAUGUGCGACAUGUGGACGUUGGACGAAGAAAUUCAGAAGAAGUGCACGGUCUACGUGCGCUACUUGGACAGGCAGUUUCCGUACCAGCUGCAGCGCUCUUGCGUGAAUGCCGUUUUCCACCUCGAGCGCAAAGGUGAUUUCUACUUUCACUCGAUGCUCUUUAUGGUCUUUCUCGUCAUCAUCGUCAGUCUAUGUACUUUGGUGAUUCCCCUGGCAGAUGUCAGUGGAAGACUUGCUUAUUCGAGCACUUGUUUCCUUGCAGUCAUGGCUUACCGCUAUACUCUUGAUGCCAUGCUUCCGCGCAAGGACUACUUCACAUUAGCGGACAAAUACGUGAUUUUUGCUUGUGGCCUUCAAGUGGCGAUUGUGCUGCAAACGGUGAUACUACAGUACAUGGAUGGCAUUGUUGAAGACCCCAGCUCUGUCGACAAAUGUGCUGGCCUGGUUCUGUUACUUGCAUGGCUGGUGGUGAACUAUUACCUUCGAAGGAUAUCAAGAUCGAAGCCAGAAAACGAUUGGAGAAGUGUGUACCAAGCCCGUCAAGAACCCUAUGCUCCUGUCAAGAGGUGUUCAAGGUGUGGGGGGAAAUGGCUGAGCAAGCAAUGUGAGCACAAAGGAUGCUCACGGGAUUGUCGUAACUGCAGUGCCCCAAGUUCAAAAAUAGAGGUUGUUUAUUAUACUCCUCUCGAAUUUGAGAGUUUUGUUAAGCCGCAGAGGUUCCCUGAUGCACCAAGUGAGUUGAAGCAAGCACCUUGCGAACCCUGA